GAAGAUAGAGAGAGAGCUAGAGAGCCGGCCAGUCUUUGUCUUCAAAAUGUCUCUUUGUUUGUUUCACAUAAUUAAUCUUGGACUCAUGGUUGCUGCCAUUAAUCUCUUUCUCUUUCACUUGUAUCCAGCUUUUGAAACUCUUUGAAACAGACAAGAAAAAGCAAACAAUAUCAUUUAAAUCCCACUACUGUUCGAUUCUUGUUUCACCUCAUUCCUCAACUUCUUUUUUCUUUUUAGUUUUCUCCCUAUAAAGCCAUGGAUAUGUGGGAUAAACUUCCAAGAGAAGGUCGGUAUAGAAACAGGAGAGAAAACCCAUCUUUCUCCUCAACUCUUCUUGACGCUAUCUACCGUUCAAUUGAUGAAUCCAACGGUAGUCAAGGAGAGGAAGAGCUGAUUUUUUACCGAGAGAAUACCAUGAGGAAGAAGCACAGCAAUAACAGUUCAUUGACAGAAGAAGAAAUGACAAGCCUUCAACGUGCUCGCGUGAUCGAGAAAUGGAUGGAAAAGAAAAUUAGCUGUGAUAAUAAUGUUGUCAUUAGACGAAAAUCCAUGGCGGAUUCUGAAAGAAACUCUCGAAAUGACUUUGAUGCCAUGUUGCUGUACUCGAGCUCCAGCUCUUCUGAUUCUAGCAGCGGUGGUGGGGUUUCAUCCUCAGAGUCAGAUUCCUUUUAUACUUCAAAAUCAAGGUCAUCAUCUUCAUCAUUAAGUCAUUACACUACUCAUAGGCCUAAGCCUAUAAGGACGAGCGUCUCAGCUCCGUCUGAGAGAUAUGAAAGGCCUCAACAUGAAGUUGAAAACAGUUCCCAUACUGCCACACAAAAGCCAAAGCAUGAAGGUGGUUUUGUAAGAACAAAAUCCAAGGCCUUGAAGAUUUACAGUGACCUCAAAAAGAUUAAGCAGCCGAUAUCUCCAGGUGGACGGCUUGCAAGCUUCCUUAACUCGAUUUUCAAUGCAGGGAAUGCAAAGAAGGUAAAGAUUUCAUCGUCAGGGUAUGAGGAAAGAAAGUUAAAGUCUGAGCAAGCUACAUCAACAUGUUCUUCAGCUUCAUCGUUUUCAAGAUCCUGUUUGACCAAGACUCCAUCUUCAAGUGGGAAGUUAAGCAGUAAUGGGACGAAAAGGUCAGUCAGGUUUUGUCCUGUUAGCGUUAUUCUUGAUGAGGAUUCCAGGCCAUGUGGUCAUAAAGACAUCCUCUACGAAAAUGAUCAUCAAACGUCCAAAGAGCUUGAGCACUUCCGCAUCAUGAAAGAAAAUCGUCGAGUUGUGGAAGUCGCAAAGGAUCUUUUAAAGAGUUACCAGAAGAAGAAGGAAGAGUAUGAUACGGGAGAUAUCUGCGAUGGCAAUGAAGAGUCUAGUGUUGAUGAAGACAAUAACGAAGAGGAAGACGCAGCUAGUUAUGCAAGCUCCGACCUCUUUGAAUUAGAUAAUUUUUCAGCUAUUGGUAUUGAAAGGUAUCGAGAAGAAUUGCCUGUGUAUGAAACAACCCAUCUCGAUACCAAUCGAGCCAUUGCUAACGGUUUGCUUGUGUAAUUCACAAAGUGCCAAAAAAAGAAAAAAACUAUUAGUCAAAUGGUUUGGGGGUUUACAUCAAAAAAUAAUAUUAAUUUCUCUUUUGG